CGGAGGCCGGGAGGAGGGGACCUGGUAGUGUCCCGUUGGCCCCGCCCCGUGCCCCGGCGGCCGCUGUGACGUCACUUCCGGCGAGCGGUCCUAGACGUGCGGCGGAGGCGGCGGCCGGACGAGUGUGUGGAGCGGAGCCGUGUGACGGACAGAGCCGGGAAGCAGCGCCCUCUCCCGCCCGAGCCUCCCAGCCAUGGGGAACGCCGCCACUGCCAAGAAGGGCAACGAGAUCGAGAGCGUGAAAGAAUUCCUAGCCAAAGCCAAAGAAGAUUUUUUACGGAAAUGGGAGAGUCCGCCCCAGAAUACCGCCGGCUUAGAUGACUUUGAGAGGAUGAAGACGCUGGGAACGGGCUCGUUUGGACGCGUGAUGCUGGUGAAGCAUAAAGGAGCAGAUCAGUACUAUGCCAUGAAGAUUCUUGACAAACAGAAGGUGGUAAAACUGAAACAGAUAGAGCACACACUGAAUGAGAAGCGGAUAUUACAAGCCGUCAACUUCCCUUUCCUGGUCAGGUUGGAAUAUUCCUUCAAGGAUAACUCAAAUUUAUACAUGAUUAUGGAAUAUGUGCCCGGGGGCGAAAUGUUCUCACACCUAAGACGAAUCGGCAGGUUCAGUGAGCCCCACGCAAGGUUCUAUGCAGCUCAGAUAGUUUUAACAUUCGAGUACCUCCAUUCACUAGACCUCAUCUACAGAGAUCUCAAACCAGAAAAUCUUUUAAUUGACCAACAAGGCUAUAUUCAGGUCACAGACUUCGGCUUUGCCAAGAGAGUAAAGGGAAGAACUUGGACGUUAUGUGGGACACCAGAGUACCUGGCGCCAGAAAUCAUUUUGAGCAAGGGCUAUAACAAAGCAGUGGACUGGUGGGCAUUAGGGGUCUUAAUCUAUGAAAUGGCGGCCGGUUAUCCUCCAUUUUUCGCUGAUCAGCCCAUUCAGAUAUAUGAAAAGAUUGUUUCAGGAAAGGUACGGUUUCCAUCCCACUUCAGUUCAGAUCUUAAAGACUUACUAAGGAACCUGCUGCAGGUAGAUCUGACGAAGCGAUACGGGAAUCUGAAGAACGGGGUGAAUGACAUUAAGAACCACAAGUGGUUUGCCACUACGGAUUGGAUUGCAAUUUACCAGAGAAAGGUGGAGGCACCGUUCAUACCAAAGUGCAGAGGGCCCGGAGACACCAGCAACUUCGACGACUACGAGGAAGAGGACAUCCGCGUGUCUCUGACCGAGAAAUGCGCGAAGGAGUUUGCUGACUUUUAGGAUGUGUGUCAUGACGACAUGGCAUCAGGCUCACAUUGGGAUCUUUGCACUCAGAUGGGGGUGAAGCCAAGACCAUCUUAUGUCAAAACGGUUACCUAAUUCCUUCAUUCCGCAACGCUGACUGAAGUCUAGAGCGCCAUCUUCCAUGCGAGCAGCUUGCACUGACCCUUGUAUCCCGGCACAGCGACGCGGGUUGUGCUAUAGACCACUGACCUUUGUUUCCGUUUCUCCUCCUUGUUAACGUUCUGCGUCUCGUUUGUUUUCCCUUCCACCUUCUCACCGUUUUUAAGUAAUAUUUUACCCCAACCACACUCCCUUUUAUUUUGUGUUGUGUGACUGCGCUGGGAGGUGUUGCACUUAGCAAGGUAGAGAAUGCCAGAGCCUCGUGCCUCCAGUCUGUGCCGAUGUGUCUCUCCCUCCGCCGUCGGUCCCUGUGUGAAGGUACAGGCUACUUUUUUUGUUUUGUUUUGUGUGAGAUAGCGUCUAGGGACAACCUGCUGCCAAUCGUGUAAUAAUAAAGGUAACAUCUUCUAUGAGAUUGACCAGUGGUAGCUAGAACUAAAUUGGAGUGCAACAUUUAAUUAGCUAGACCCCCGUGCCUUGGUUUUGUAUACUGCCCCUUCCCAUGUACUUCAUUUUUUUUAUUAUUAUUAUUAUUAUUAUAAUUAUUAUUAUGUUUUGGGGAGGGGGGCAGAACAUUGUUACAUGACCAGACUGUAGAGUGUACAGCACGUCUCCAGCUGGUCUACUCUUGCAAAGUGUUUAAUACUGACUUUAAUCACGUCACUUCUGUUACUUACGUUCAAGAUGGAUUUUAAUAUCGCUCCGCCUACUAUCUUAAAAAAAUAAAAAAAAAUCGGUCAGUAUUUUUUAAUGGAACAUGACAAAAAGUGACUAAAGCUAAGACUCCUUAAUUCUGUUUUCAGGCUCGUCCCCACCCCCACCCGUUAGAGUUCGCUUUUAUUUCUGUAUACUAUAUUAGUAAAUGGAGGAUAAACUGCUGUUGGCCGCAGUAAUUUGUUCCCAUGACAACAGGCUAAUGAGAUAUAAGCUGGCGCUGUUUUUUUGUUUUAUUAUCUUUUCCUGGUGGUUGUCAAAUCCGCUUCACGGAAAAGGCCGAAGUCCCCCAAGCGAAACGCGUCAACCAGUCGACAGUAUUGUUUGUGUCGGACUGAAUGGCUCGUGUGCCCGCCUUCCAGUUAUUUUACUUUAUUUUUCCUCCAUCCAACGAAGCCACUCUGUUCGUUAUGGUUUAUGCUCGUCCAUCUGAACUCUUGUUUGUACUCGUCAAUAUAUAUGUAUAUAUAAUCUAUCUCCGUGACCUGUCUUUAAAACGGCACAUUUCAACCAUUUCAGAUAAUCUUGUCUCAUUUUCCUGUUCCAUCGACAUGCACAAAAAAAGAUGAGUUUUUAUCACGGAUCAAUAUUGAUAUAUACCGGGAGGUCUAGAUCACGAGGCGUAACUUUCUUUUAAACUGUUUAAAGUGCAAGUGCGGCCGAGACAUGGCGGGGACAGCCACCUUAUGGGCUGAACAUAUUCAUGACCAUUCACUAGGAGCCAGUGACAUCAGCGAGGUUUGCAGCGUGGUACCUCAUACCUCACCUUCUAGUGGAUUCAUAGGCGCAUUCUGGUGACUGUUGGACCAGCCCACAACCUGGCUGCUUCUGUUCUGGGUAUCUGACGGGUACACUUUGAGAAGACUUUUAUUACCAACGCGGAGAUGUACCUCUGUAGGUUGGCGAGCAGAUUUUGCACAGUGGUGUAAUAAGACGGCCGAGGAGCAUUGCGGUCUUUUGUCCACUCUUACGUGCAAGAAAAGUUUAAAAUACUUUGCUGUAGCAAAUUUUAUGUAACAAAAUAUAUAUAUAUAUAUACGUCACAAUAAAUUUAAACAAAUUCUUUGUAUGAAAAAAAAUAUAAAAUCUUUUGUAUUUCAUUUAGAAGGAGGACAUGCUGUUAUAUGCUGGUUGUAUGCGAUCAAUUAUACAGUAACUUUGUUGUCGUUUAUGAACUUUAAAAGAUUUUAAUAAAUGCUGGAGAUCACAUGA